CUUCUUUCUAUGUUUUUGUUUUGUUGCUCUCUUCACUAUUCCUCUAUAUAUAAUACCCUCCAACUACACAACCCACCACUACUCUCUCUCUAUCUCUCUCAAAGACAGAAUUUGUCACCAAAUUUUCAACCAACAUGGAUUCCUCAAAAAUCUAUGGUCUUUUCUUGAUUUGCAUGCUCAUUGUUUCUUCAGCCACUCCAAUUCUUGGCUGUCCCUAUUGUGGUAAGCCUCCUUCUAAGCACAAGAAGCCCAAGCCAAAGACUCCCACAUCCCCCGGUACACUCCCUCCCAUUGUUAAACCACCAAUCAAUCUCCCUAUUCCUCCGGUCACCGUCCCUCCGGUUCCCGUUCCUCCCAUUAAACCUCCGGUAACUCUCCCUCCGGUCAAACCUCCGAUCGAUCUUCCUCCUGUCACCGUUCCUCCCAUCAAACCACCGAUCGAUCUCCCUCCGGUUACCGUUCCUCCCGUCACCGUUCCACCAAUCAAAGUCCCUCCGGUCCUUAGCCCACCUAGUACUACUACGCCACCAAGCAAAGGAAAGCCAUGCCCGGCGCCGGCACCGGGGACGGCUACGUGCCCCAUUGACACGCUGAAACUGGGUGCUUGCGUUGAUCUCCUUGGUGGGUUGGUGCACAUUGGAAUGGGUGACCCAGUGGCCAACAAGUGCUGCCCCAUCCUUUCAGGUCUUGUGGAGGUCGAAGCUGCAGUGUGCCUAUGCACCACUCUCAAGCUCAAACUUCUCAACCUCAAUGUCUAUGUUCCUCUUGCUCUUCAGCUCCUCAUCACUUGUGGAAAGACUCCCCCUCCUGGUUUUACCUGCACACUGUAAAAGCGGAGGGUGUUGCGGAAGUGGAAGAGAGGUUGGUUUUUUUUUUUUUUUUUCCUUUUUUUUGGUGUGUGAAAAUGGAAUUUCUUGUUGCUACUAAUCAUUGUUCCUAAAAGUCACAAGCAUUAGCUUCUUCUUUUGAAAAGGUAGAGUGUAUUUUGGAAUUUUUAAUAACCAUUUUCUCUUGCUCCGAGAGCACUAACAUUAGAAGAACAGAAAUCCAAGUCAUUUUUAUUAUUAUUAUUUUUUUUUCUAGUUAGAGAAAAAACAAAAAUCUAGUAAUCACAGAAAAGGGAAUCAUGUCUAGGGAAAGAUGGAAAUAAUUUUACACAUUUUACUGUGCAAAUAUAUUCUAUUCAGAGAGAAAAAAAGAAAAAGAAAAAAAUGGGUAAUCGUCCUUAGAUCUGUCUCUAUCUAAUCUCCCUUUGCUAUUGAACAAUCAAUAGAUUGCUUUGAAUACAUAAAGUGGGGUGGCUCACACAAGGUUAUAAUUGCAGGUUGGUAGAGUACUGAUUGAUACUAGUGGGAUGGAAUCGCCAUGAGAGGAUGUCGGACCCCUUUCUCUCUCUCUCUCUCUCUCUCUCUCUCU